GUCUGUCAGGCAGAGAGUGAAGAGUGCAGAGCUUUGCUGUUUGUUUAAUUCCUUUAAUUUCUCUUACGUUACGGAUGUUGUGCGUAUAUUCAAAUGAAGCUCCUUCUUCUCCUGUUCAGCUAUAAACACUGGAAUAUUCCCAUCAGGCUCCAGUGAAGAGUUUAUUGAAGGACAGGGAGAACAUGAGCGAUCCAGAACCCUGCAAAAUCAAAAAAGAAGACUCUGAACAACAAAUAGACCUAAUUGAAGAGAAUGAAGGGAGUAAAGAGGAGGAACAUGUCAAAAUUGAAGAAAAAACUCUUUUACAGACUGAUGGCAUUUUGAAAAGAAGAGACAAGAAUUAUUGCACCUGCACUCAGUGUGGAAAGAGUUUUGGAAGAAAAGGCGAUCUUAACAUUCACAUGAGGAUACACACUGGAGAGAAACCAUUCACAUGCACUCAGUGUGGGAAGAGUUUCAACCAAUCAUCAAACCUUAAUCUACACAUGAGGAUCCACACUGGAGAGAAACCAUUCACAUGCACCCAGUGUGGGAAGAGUUUCAGCCAUUCAUCAACCCUUAAUCAACACAUGAUGAUCCACACUGGAGAGAAACCAUUCACAUGCACCCAGUGUGGGAGGAGUUUUAAAUGCUCAUCACACCUUAAUCAACACAUGAGGAUCCACACCAGAGAUAAACCAUUCACAUGCACCCAGUGUGGGAAGAGUUUCAGCCAUUCAUCAUCCCUUAAUCAACACAUGAGGAUCCACACUGGAGAGAAACCAUUCACAUGCACCCAGUGUGGGAAAAGUGUUAAAUCCUCAUCACAUCUUAAUCAACACAUGAGGAUCCACACCGGAGAGAAACCAUUCACUUGCACUCAGUGUAGGAAGAGUUUCAGCCAAUCAUCAAACUUUAAUCUACACAUGAUGAUCCACACUGGAGAGAAACCAUUCACAUGCACUCAGUGUGGGAAGAGUUUUAACUGCUCAUCACACCUUAAUCGACACACGAGGAUCCACACUGGAGAGAAACCAUUCACAUGCACUCAGUGUGGGAAGAGUUUCAGCCAAUCAUCAUCCUUUAAUCUACACAUGAUGAUUCACACUGGAGACAAACUAUUCACAUGCACUCAGUGUGGGAAGAGUUUUAACUGCUCAUCACACAUUAAUCAACACAUGAGGAUCCACAGUGGAGAGAAACCAUUCACAUGCACCCAGUGUGGGAAGAGUUUCAGCCAAUCAUCACACCUUAAUCUACACAUGAGGAUCCACACUGGAGAGAAACCAUUCACAUGCACUCAGUGUGGGAAGAGUUUCAGCCAAUCAUCAUCCCUUAAUCAACACAUGAGGAUCCACACUGGAGAGAAACCAUUCACAUGCACCCAGUGUGGGAAGAGUGUUAAAUCCUCAUCACACCUUAAACGACACAUGAGGAUCCACACUGGAGAGAAACCAUUCACUUGCACUUAAGCCGCGGUCACACUGGACUUUUCUCCCUAUAGACUUCCAUUCAUGUGGACGUAAUUGCGUCAAACCGGAAACAAAGUUUGUGCGUCAAGUUUUGCAGUUCACUGCGUUGCAAAGUUCAAGCUUGGUGAACUCUGACCUGCGAAAUCGCAUCAUUGGACUGUGUGAGACCAAUCGUAGAUUAAAACAUGACCUCCUGUUUUCGCAGUGCUGUACAACAGAAUUUUGCAUGCUCAAACUCUAGUGUGACCGCAGCUUUGGCAUGGGAUGAGUUUCAGCAACUCAUCAGACUCUAAUAAACACAUGAAGACCCUCACUGGACCAUUCACAUGCACUCAGUGUGGGAAGAGUUUCAACCGAUCAGUAAACCUUAAUGAACACAUGAAGAUCCACACUGGUGUGAAAGAGUAUAUGUGCUUUGAGUAUGAGAAGACUUUUCUUACAGCUCCAAAAUUGAAACUGCACCAGACGAUUCACACUGGAGAGACCGUACAAGUGUCCACACUGCGACAAGAAGUCUAAUCAGUUAACAUAUCUGAAAACACAAAAGAGGAUUACCACUGUAGAGAAACCGUACAGAUCUGAUCAGUGUCUGCAGAGUUUCGCUCAUUCGGCGCAGCUUAAGAAACACAUGGACAAAAAAGUUGCACAGAUGACAUGAAUGCAGCAAUACAUUUUCUCAUGUGCACAGGAUAUUUCAUGUCUGAAUAAUGUUUGAAAAGGCUGAGUGACGGUAUACUGUUUUCCAGCAGUCUUACACUGCAGUAGGUGGGGUUGUAAAUGUGUUGCGCUCCUCACAUUUACCGUAAACACAAUGAUGGCGACUGAGAGAAGAACCGUUUUAUAAACAUCUGUCAAACAGCACCUCUGUGGCUUAAAAUCUCUUUGCAAGUGAUUGUACAGGUGCGGAUACAUCUGUACUCCACUCUCCAGUGUAUUCAUAUAGCUAGUGUUGUUUUGGAUCAUGUUCUCUGUCAAGCUCCCUGAAUAAGAAACAAAUCACUGGGAAGACACCGCACAUCAAAGAAGGUGGAGCUCCAGGACGGUUAGUUUGCAGUAUACCAGGGCCUAAAGUUUAGAAAGCACAUUCAAUUGUCCUGUGCUGCAUCUUUUAUUAGUAAAGUUUCUUUACUUUUAGGUUAAAGAUUCUUUCUAGUUUACUACGUUUAUUAGAACAUAAACUGGAUGAAUAUUUUAUAAUUUAGGCAGAGCGACAGGUAUUAAGUUUUACAAUAUUAAUACACUGUGAUGAUCCCAAGACUCCAGAUUGGAGUAUGUGGUAAAUCCUGAUUGGAUGCCAGCAUUACUCAUCAAUGGGUAUAUAAAAGUUGUUGUGCUAGCUACCCAAGGACGCUGUGGCUACUCGGGAGUCCUCAUGUCAAGACCUGCCAUCUCAUUGACUCUUUAACCUUAUGGUUUUGUUUUGCAUUACUUAUAUCAUGUAGUUAAAGUGUUGUUGUGAUUAUAUCCUAAGUUCUUUAUCUACAUUAUUAUCCCUAGACAUUUGUUGGUUGCUUUGAUUGAUUGUUCUAUGAGUUACAUUUUAUAAUAAAUAAUUUGCAUAGAGGCUA